AUGCUUAUUGCUUGGUUCUUUAAUACCAUUGAACCAACGCUUCGAUCAACAAUUACUUAUCGGGAAACCGCUCAAGAACUUUGGGAAGACUUGCAGUUGAGAUUUGCGGUCGCGAAUGGGCCGAAAAUCAAUCACUUGAAGACUGAGUUGGGAAACUGCAAACAGAGAGGCCACUCAGUUGCUGAAUAUUUCGGAAAAAUGAAGAUGUUGUGGGAUGAGAUCAAUGACUACGAACCUAUUUUUACGUGUAAUUGUGGUGGUUGCAAAUGUCAGAUAACGCAGCAAUUGCGGGCACGACGAGAUGACGAACAAGUCCAUCAAUUUUUUAUGGGACUUGAGGAUUCCAUGUUUGGAACAGUGCGUUCUACCAUCUUGAAUUUAGAUCCACUGCCAAACUUGAAUCGGGUUUAUGCAAUGAUUAUGACCGAAGAGCAACACCGUACAGUUGCUCGAAAUAAAGAUGAUAGGAUUGAUGUAGUCGCCUACCUCGCCCAAAGCAAAGUUCAGGGUGGCCCAAAUGUUACGCGAGAUAAAUCAGAACUGUGCAACCACUGUGGUCGAGCGGGACAUGACGAAACUCGUUGCUUCCAAGUCGUCGGGUAUCCGGACUGGUGGGGAGAUCGUCCGAAAGGGUUGGGGCGUGGAGGCAGUAAGGGCUCGGUCAGAGGGGGAGGUUGCGGUCGUGGGAUUGCUCGUGCACAUGCAGCGCAAACGACACUCGGCAAAGGUUCUACUUCUUCAUUGACUGAUGCAGAUAAAGGCGACUUGUCUAUCUUGACAAGUGAACAAUGGGCCACUUUGAGGAAUUUACUCAAUGACCAGAAAUUGACGUUCACAGACAAACAAACCGGUAAGAUUUGCGAUCAAUGGAUUAUCGAUUCCGGCGCAUCACAUCAUAUGACCGGCUGUGAUGAUCUUCUCACUAAGUCACAUGAUGUCCAUAACUAUCCUGUUGGACUUCCCAAUGGCGCAGAAAUAGUGGCAACAAAAGAAGGGACAACGGUUCUUGGAGAACAAAUUAAAUUGAAUAAUGUGUUAUUUGUUCCUAACUUAAACUGCAAUUUGCUAUCUGUUGGACAGUUUCUAAAUGAGACAAAUUCUGUAAUCACUCUUACUAAAAAAAUGUGUGUGAUACAGGAUUGCACUAUGAGGACGGUGAUUGGAGUGGGUGACUAUCGUGACGGGAUCUACGUAUUGCGUGGUGUGACAAAGGUACGGGCUCACAAGAUUGGCUGCAAAGAUAACGAGGAGCUUUGGCAUAAACGUCUCGGGCAUCCCUCAUUUCGUCUAGUCGGGUCUUCUCCAAUUUUACUUUUGACACCAAUAGUGGAAUAUUUAAGCAUUGUGAAAUUUGUCUUCGUGCCAAACAAACAAGAGAUGUUUUUCCUUUAA